GCCGUCUCAAUCUUCCAUCGCCUUCAUACUAUCCUCGACAUUUGAAAACGAAAGCAGCCAGCCACGCGGGACACAAAAGGAGGGUUUCAGUUUACCGAAACACAACCUGGAGGGGAAAACUUCCUCACUCACUUCGUCAUGUCAGCCCUCGACAAAGUGAGAUGUAAUAAAACAGUAAUUCAGUCCACUUUGUGUGGAGAUCACAGGCUGAUCCUCAACAAGGUUCAUGAGAAGGGCCUGAUCACUAAACGCGAGUACAACAACCUGAAGAGCAUCAACAAAGAAGACGUAGAAGGACACGUUGUGGAGCUGGUGGAUAAGAUCAUGAAUAAAGGAGAGGACAGCUGCCGGGCCUUUCUGCACCUGCUGCAAACUGAUGAAGACAUUAAAAUGACGUAUCCUGAGCUGAAGAGCAUACAGCUGAACAUUGCCAGCCCCUUACCUCUACCCAUCCAAGUUUCUUCACGUGAUGACAAAGAUGUCCUGUCACCAGACAGAAAGAGGCCAAAGCAGGAUGAUCAGUAUCAGUUGAACAGCCAACCCACUGGUCUCUGUGUCAUAAUCAACAAUGAGAAUUUCAUGGAUGGUGAUGUGAGAAGGGGAACCAACAAUGAUGCUGAAAGUCUUGCAGAGGUGUUCAGCUGGCUGGGCUUCAGAGUGCUGAUGUGCAAAGACCAAACCAAGGACCAGAUGGAUCAGACUCUGACAUGCUUAGCCUCUCUGAGUGAUCUCAGUCAACUGCAUCAGCUGGACAUUAAAGAGUGGUCUAAUAGUGGUUUUACUGAUCUUCAGGGAUCUCCUGAGCAUGGAGAUGCCUUCAUCUGCUGCCUUCUGAGUCAUGGCAGAAAAGGUGUAGUCUUGGGUAUCGACCGAGAGUCCCUCUCUAUUAAACAAAUAACUAGAACCUUCAAGGCCACUGACCAAUCAGCUCUUACUGGGAAGCCUAAAGUGUUCCUGAUCCAGGCCUGUCAGGGAGGACUGACACAGAGAGGAGUGUUACUAAGAGAUCUGGAGGCUGAUGACUCUCAGUCUCUGUACAUCCCUGAGGAAGCCGAUUUUCUAGUCGCCAUCGCCACUGUUGAAGAUCAUGCUGCAUUGAGGCAUACGAUAGAUGGAGGCUGGUUCAUUCAGUCUUUGUGUGAGCAGCUGAAGGAGGGCUGUGUCAGGGGUGAAGACAUCACCACUAUCCUCCACCAUGUGAAUGAUGAAGUGGGGCAGAGAGAAGGUUCCGUUCAACCUGGCAAAAUAAAGCAGAUGCCUGAAGUCAGAUUCACCCUGAGGAAGAGACUUGUGUUGUCACCACAUCACAACUGAAAUGUGAACGUUUCAUCCUUAACGCCAUCAGGAUAUGUGAUUAACUCAGAGAUCAAAUGUCUCUCAAGAUUCUUUUAUUUUCUUUUAUCCAAAAUUAUCACUUUAAACCAUACAGUUUUGUCUUAUUUGAGAUUUCAUAUUGGUAUUUUACUUAGGUGGAGGUUUUUCCUUGAAUGUACAGCCUUUUUUUACAAUCCUCAAUAUUUUAUUUUUUAAAAACACAGAAUCAUUGUCUAUGAUAUUGUACCAGAUUCAUGUAACAGAAUAUUUUUUUCUUGUAAUGGUGAGUAACAAUUGUUACAUGAACUUCUGUAAACUUUAAUAGAAUAUUGUUGACAUUUGUAUGACACAUAAGUAGCCACUACAGGACAGCAGGCUUGUUUUGUCCUUGACUGCCCUGUGAAUUAAAGUAGUGCUUUAAGUGGAUUUCACUUUUAGUCACAAUUUUUGUUCCACAAUCAUGAAAACAAUUUAAUGGUGAUAAAACAAUUACUGUGCCACAUGCCAUGUUUUUCUCAUUUUAUCCUCAGCUUUAGUCAUGUGGUAAAUGUUUCAGUGUUUGUUGAGAUUUUUAUUUUGGCCAUGAAAGUAAUUCAUUUUGUUUGUUUAUUGUUACUCUACUUAAUUUUUUCACAUCUUUAUGUAUUUUCGUUUGUUUCUUGUUUUUUAAAGUAUGAAGAGUAUUUAAGCUCAUAAAUGCACCCAAUGUACUGUAGGUGUUGUAAAAUCAAUGAGUAAUCAUGUUUAAUAAUGGUGAUCUCAUUAAAGUGUCCAAAAGUGA